GGCCGCUCCGUCCGGCCGGUGUACAAACAAGCGGCGGCGCUGUCCUGGCAACGGGGCGCGGCGGGGCCCGCCGUUGCCGUCUCGCCUCACGUCACCUCAGGCCGGCUGCGGGGAGCGGAGGGAACACCGGCCGAGUCGGUGAGAAACCAGCGCCCGCCUGUUGUGGGGCUGAGCAGGGGCUUUGGGCCGGUGCCGCCAGCCGGGAGGAAGCGGCCGGGCCGCCACUAGGCCUGCGCAGGGCGGCCCCGGGGCUGAGCGGCCCUGCCCACGCCGGGGUGUCCCGGCCUCCCCGCUUUCCCCUUGCAGGCCGCGGGUGACCCGGGGCAGGUGCACCAUGAACGUUUAGGUUCGGCUGCACCGAUUUAGGAAGCUCUUCCUCUUCCAACACCAGUAAUAGCGCUGGCUCUUAGGGCAGAUGCUGCCUGCUGCCCAUGGCUUUCAGGGAUGUCAAUGCAAGAAGACAUAUCGGACUUCAGCAACUCUCAUCCUUAGCAUUAGCUGGAAGAACAUUAUUGGGGCCAAUGAAAUCAUGCAAAUUCAUCGUGGAUGAAAGUACCAAUGAAAGCACAUUGAUUUGUUCUGCUGUUAGACUGCUUGAAAGUUUGGAUUUAACCAGUGCUGCUGGACAGCUGCUUAAUGAAACCAUUCAGGCACAAAACAAGGAGUUUAAGACUGGGAUGAGUACCCUGUUGUUUCUUGCUGGUGCCUGGAGCAAUGCCGUAGUGGAGUGCCUUCAGCAGCAUGUUCCUGUUUCAGCAAUAGUAUCUGUGAUGUCUGAGGGCUUGAGUUCUUGCUGUGAGAGAGUCCAGUGUCUUCAAAUAUCAAUACAUGAUGUAAAUGAAGAACUGUGUUCUAGCAAUGUUAGGCCAAAUGCUUUUAAAACCAAAACUUGCCGAAGUGGAUGCGACAACCUUCUGAAUCCUCAGAUUCUCCUGUAUUUUCAGAAAGAUAUUUCUGCACCAGAAGAAGUAAAUCCUUGUUCCCAUCAAGAAGAUUGUUGUAAUCUUAACAAGCACCUGGUUUCACUUUUGGCCGGCUUUGGUUCGGUAGGUCCUCUUGUCAAACCAGCGGGUGGCAAAAGUAUGUCUGUGAUUUCUGGAAGUGGUGGUAUCGCAUCCAGCUGUAACAAACAAAAGUUAACUCAUAGCAGAUACUUCAGCACUCAAGGAAAAAGCUGGUUUUCAAGUCAGCAGGGUAAUUCUCAGGGAUGCCUUUCAGGACCUUCAGCAGAUCCAUGUGAAUGUUACGGUUUAGGACACCUGGCAAUGGCUUUGAGCCAUGGAAAUCAAACUAGCUUGAAACUGCUACAAAGCAUUGUUGCUUAUCAGCGAGAAAGAGCAGAAUGCAGUGGCUCUUUGCAGUUUAACACUGCAGAAAUUGUGACAUGCUGUUUACAGGGCCUCCCUGAAAACUAUUCUUGUGUCUCCCCAGGCUUUGUCACAUUAGUAUCACCAGAACAAGCUGCUGUUAUCAAAUACUUUGAAGACAAACCUCUUCGGAUUCUGCUAAUGGAUGGAGACCUAACUGAACAAUAUCGUCACUUAGGCUUUAACAGACCGCGUAACGUAAGGACUAUAUUGGAGCAUCCUAGCCUACAGGAAGGCAGAGCAGGAGCCUUGUGGCUAAGCAGUAUGUUAGAUAUUCUGAUAAGCUUUGAAGUAAACUUGGUCUUGGUCAAAGGAAAUGUGUGCGAAAACUUAAUGGAAAGAUGCAUAGCGAACAGUAUAUUGGUAAUUGGUUCUGUGUCUCGAAAUGUGUUGUCUGCCUUUGGGGAGGUCACCCGCGCCCAGCCAGUGACAUACCUCACCCAGCUGAAUGCUGCUUGUGUGGGCAGUGGGGCCCAAGUGGAGCUGUGGAAGGCCUGCGAUGGGCGUGCAAUGGAUCUGGGUGAGCUUGUGCCAGUCAGGAUAAAAGUGCGAGGAAUUCCCAUGCUCACAGCCGUGCUUACCUCUACUGUCACUUCAAAGAUGCAGCUUAUUGAAGAUGCGUUCUGGACUUCAGUGUAUCGGCUCCAUCAUGCUUUAAAUGAUAAGAAGGUUUUUCUUGGUGGUGGUGCAGUGGAGCUCUUGUGCCUUAGUCACAUUCAGAUGCUUGCAGAACAGCCUUUACAGACAGCAAAUAAAAAUGCUGUGAACGAGUUUCAUAAUUCUUGGCUGGCGGCAUCUGUGUCAGAGUAUAAAUCAGUUGUGCUCCAAGCAUUAGCAAGCGGCUGGAAGCAGUAUCUUUCAGUGGUUAUGUGUAACACUGCAAAAGCUGCGUCGGAGUUGGAAGCAUGUACCUCAGUUGAUCAUCACCUCAAAAAAGCAGCUGACUGUGGCUCUCCCUUAGCAUAUAUACUGAAAGAAUUUGGAAGAGGUGAUCUGCUUAGGGGUGGUUCUGGUCCUUUUGCUGACCACGGAGAGGGUUUAAAGGUUUACGAUAACGUUACAGCCAAGAUUGAGGCAUGGCGGAGAGCUCUAGACUUGGUGCUACUAGUGCUUCAAACAGAUGCUGAAAUUAUCACAGGUCCCAAAAAGAAUCAGCUGUUGAACUCACAUAUGUCAAAUGAAUAUAUGUUUUUAUAGGACUUGCAGGCUUUAUAAGUCCAUGAGUCAGUGGAAGAAGUCCAGGGGCAACCUACGUUUCUUCAUCAUUUAUAAAGCAAACAUCUAGAUGUGAUUAUGACGUUAGAAUAUAACAGUGAAAAUCAGAAUGUGAGAUAGUCACAAGGUAGAUAAGACUUGUCAUUUCUAGAAAUGGGAGUUAAAUAACAAACAAAAAUGACUUGUGAGUUUACCUCUAACCCCAGCCGUGCAUUUCUAACUACUGUCUGUGUGGACAGAUUAAUCCAGUCAAACUGACUUCUCCCAUCUUAUCUAGCAGAGCAGAUGUGCAGUUCUUUUUUUUCAUUAUAAUGAGGAGCACUGGGCAGGUGCAUACAUGUCAAGUCUAGUUGGAGAGAAGUUUGAUACCCUGGAUAUGCUUAUGUUCUGAACAUGUGCUGUCUAUAUAAGGUGUUUAUUCUGUAAAUUUUUCUUGUUUAAUGUCUUUUAAUGUCUUCUAAAGAGUAGGGAUUUCUUAUAUAACA